CUCAUCAUCUUUGGGUCCACCCCUGUGUGAUCAGGAACAUUCUGGCAGGCUUUUGGCUGUUUGCGGUAUUUGCUGACGCUGUUCCAUUGGACUCAUCUCGUAAUCAAGGAUGGAUGACGUGUAUACUGCCCUGAACCAUGAGAAUGGACUUCGGGCCCUAUGGAACCUGAAGGCUCUCAUCAACAGACUGAAUCUAUCUAUAUCCUCUAAUUCAUCCUGACUCAAGCCAAGCCAGUCGGGUCCUUGUGGGGUAAAGAGAGGAAGAGGGUAUCCCCCAUGCUUGUCAGUUCCUCUCUGGCGAUACCCACAGCAGUCUCAACAUGCUGUGGAGGCAUCCCCAGCUGCUCGAUUUGCUCCUUCUCUUCCUUGUUUUCUUUUUCCCUGAAGUUCCAGGGUUUCCCCCACCGCCCUGAAUCUUAUUCAGUUGUUGCAACGUUGCAGAAGUACCCAUUGAGAGUAUCCACCACUCUGGGUAGCUCAUCGAAGCCCGCGGAUGUUUUGGGAGUCUAUGGAACCCUACAGCUUGGGGGACAGCUCAGUAGUCAAUAUUGCUAUGGACAUGUGCCGUGUGUGCCGUGGCUGUUGUCAUCCGCGAAAAUAGAGCGACAGUCAGCUGUUCAUUAACUCCCCUCAUUGUAUAAGUGCUGUUCACGAGCUUUUACAUAGGAACUUUCUGUGGUGCGCAGAAAUUCCGUAAUGGAUUGAUGACGCCACCACUAUAUUCUUUCAUCGAAUGAAUUCCCAGGUUUACACCCUGAAGACCCUGAUGUGAGCAUUGUGGGCCUUGAUCUUGAUGAUACGACAGAAUGUGACACUCCCAACAAUUUAUCCAAGCAGAGG